AAGUUAGUCACUCGGCGGUUGUUGCAGUGAAUGCAUGUACGCGCUUUCGUUAAAAUACAUCGGGAUAUAUUACGAUAACAAUUAUAAAUUUAAUUUAACAAUAUAUUUUAAAAUUAUAUAAGAGUUACGGAAUAUUGUUAAGAAUAUUUUCGUCGACAUUAUGUUUCUGCGUGUUAGUUUAAUUAUGCUCGGACUGAUUUUUGGAAUAUCAUCCGUGUCCCCUGUUACUGAAAAUGAAGAUAGCGAAGAAGUGCUACAUUUGAUCGGCGAGGCAGACUUUCGUGACGUGCGACUGCGGUGGGAAUUUGGAAAACCCGACGAAGAAGACAAACCAAAAGUGCUCGCAUUCCAGGUGCAUUAUUGCGAGUUGCAAGCUUGGGGACAAUACAGAUGUCGUACAAAGGUAAUAGACAACGUAGAAGAAGAUAUAUCAAGUAGGCAUGUGACGUCUGAAUCUCCAAUAACAAAUACUCAGGCACCAGGAGCGCGCCACGGACGCGCGUACAGUACGCGAAUUGUGGGCCUGCGAAUGGCCACCACGUACUCGUUCGAAGUACGGCCCGUCAGGCGCGACGGACGCGACCUCGCCGACCCUCAGUCGAUAGGCUCUAAAAUAAUUAUAGUACCCACUAAAGGAUUUUCAGCUCGAGCCACCCAAUGUCUGCCUCACGCGAGUGAAGUGGAAGUAUCAACGGGGCCAUAUUUCGGUGGUCGCAUUGCCGUGGAGGCGGCCGACGGCGGGCCGGAGCGAUGCUCCAUACAGGGCAACCCUAAUAGCGCACAAGACGCGUAUAUCUUGCGUAUACAUCACGAUGAAUGCGGUUCCGAAGUGAAUGACACCACCGUUGCGACCUACGUUAUCGUACAAGAGAACCUACCUAUUCUCACUCAUAGCACGAGACGUUUCCUAGUACUUUGCACGUAUAAGCCAGAAACGCUGACUGUUCGGGCUGGAAUUAACUUGCCCAAAACAAGCCCUGACGACAUAUUGCACCCGACGAAGUCUCAUACAGGCUUAGUGGAACCCUAUGACAAUGAAGAUAUUAAUAAUAACGAACUGCAGCCGGCUCGACUUGAGGCAAGAAAAGAAGAGAUCCAACAAAGUGUUUUCGGCGAAAUUUCCCUGGUAAUGUUCCUAGUCAUAGCUGCUUUUGGCGGCAUCGCUCUAUUAAUAUGGAAAGUAGUUCCUCAAGGGGAUAGAGACAAUGCGUCAAUCACAACUGUCUCCUCUCUAUCUCGCAGCGGCAUAUUCGGCAGAAGGAAUAGAGAUAGAUUUUCUGACCAAAGCUCGAUAUAUUCUAUAACUCUAUCAGAAAAAGACGAGGGCUUCGUCAAGAAACCCACAGAAAGCGACAAUACUUCCGAAGCAUGAAACACAAAGACUAGAAAUAAUUUAAUUUAAUGCACAUUUGGCAAUAAGUGGGACAUUGCUAACAAAGGAUGAUUGGUACGAAUCUAUGGCUUAUUGUGAUAUGUUUGGAUAACAAAUAAUUAUUAUUUCGGAUUAGAUGUGGCCAGUAUUACUAUGCACCUAAUUUUAUUUGCCAUAGAGAAUAAAUUACUGAAAGAUCUUACCAUAUAAUAUAGUUAAGUAUUAGCAAUAAAAUCUUUGACGAUACUAUUAAGAAUUACGCGUUUUGAAAUAUUUCUAUCCGAUGUUUGUGGGUACGUUAGUUUUAAAAAUAUUUUAAUAUAAUGUAAAUAUAAUUAAAAACCUGUGAAAGGUAUUGAAAUAAAUAAAAG